AUGCUCUGGAAAGGCAGUAAAAGUAUCCCUUUGUUGCAGAGCGAUCGUCUUUUGAUCAAAGGUGGUAAAAUAGUUAACGACGACCAGUCUUUUUAUGCAGACAUUUACAUGGAAGAUGGGUUGAUAAAGCAAAUAGGAGAGAAUCUCAUUGUGCCGGGGGGAGUGAAAACCAUUGAAGCCCAUGGCAGGAUGGUGAUUCCUGGAGGGAUUGACGUUCACACCCGCUUCCAGAUGCCGGAACAGGGGAUGACAUCUGCUGAUGACUUCUUCCAAGGGACCAAGGCUGCACUGGCUGGGGGCACCACCAUGAUCAUUGAUCACGUGGUUCCUGAGCCAGGGACCAGUUUGCUGACUGCGUUCGACCAGUGGCGAGAAUGGGCAGACAGCAAAUCCUGCUGCGACUACUCUCUGCAUGUGGACAUCACCGAGUGGCAUAAAGGUGUCCAGGAGGAGAUGGAAGCUCUGGUUAAAGAUCAUGGUGUGAACUCCUUCUUGGUUUACAUGGCUUUCAAAGAUCGCUUUCAGCUAACUGAUUCUCAGAUAUAUGAGGUCCUGAGUGUAAUCCGGGAUAUUGGUGCGACAGCUCAAGUGCAUGCUGAAAAUGGUGACAUCAUUGCUGAGGAGCAGCAAAGGAUCCUGGAACUGGGGAUCACAGGCCCUGAAGGGCACGUGUUGAGCAGACCUGAAGAGGUGGAGGCGGAGGCUGUGAACCGGGCAAUAACCAUCGCCAACCAAACCAACUGCCCCCUUUAUAUCACCAAGGUGAUGAGCAAAAGCGCCGCUGAUGUCAUUGCUCAAGCCAGGAAAAAGGGCACUGUGGUGUAUGGAGAGCCCAUCACAGCCAGCUUGGGUACUGAUGGAUCUCAUUACUGGAGCAAGAAUUGGGCUAAGGCAGCAGCUUUUGUUACUUCCCCACCACUGAGUCCUGACCCAACCACUCCUGAUUUUCUCAACUCGCUACUGUCCUGUGGAGACCUCCAAGUUACUGGCAGUGCCCACUGCACCUUCAACACUGCUCAGAAAGCUGUUGGGAAGGACAACUUUACCCUGAUCCCUGAAGGAACCAACGGGACUGAAGAGAGGAUGUCCAUCAUCUGGGAUAAGGCUGUGGUGACUGGCAAGAUGGAUGAGAACCAGUUUGUCGCUGUGACCAGCACAAAUGCAGCUAAAAUCUUCAACCUGUACCCGCGGAAGGGCCGCAUUGCAGUGGGCUCGGAUGCUGAUCUGGUUAUCUGGGAUCCUGACAGUGUCAAGACAAUCUCUGCCAAGACUCAUAACAUAUCCCUGGAGUACAAUAUCUUUGAAGGCAUGGAGUGCCGUGGGUCUCCCCUGGUGGUUAUCAGCCAGGGGAAGAUUGUGCUGGAGGAUGGGAAUCUCCAUGUCACCGAGGGAUCCGGACGGUAUAUCCCCAGGAAACCGUUCCCUGACUUUGUUUACAAGCGCAUCAAAGCAAGGAGCAGGCUGGCCGAGCUGCGGGGUGUGCCUCGAGGCCUCUACGACGGACCCGUCUGCGAAGUGUCGGUGACGCCGAAGACCGUCACGCCAGCGUCUUCAGCUAAGACGUCUCCGGCCAAACAGCAGGCCCCACCCGUGAGGAACCUGCACCAGUCUGGGUUCAGCUUGUCUGGGGCACAGAUCGACGACAACAUCCCACGCCGCACGACUCAGCGCAUCGUGGCACCGCCCGGCGGACGUGCCAACAUCACCAGCUUGGGCUAAGGACCGACCCUUCUGUGCCCGCCUCGCGGCCCGGGGCACGGGGGCACCUGGAGACCCUUCCUGAUUCUUUUAGAGCCUGUGACAGUUACUGCGGGCAACCAGUGGGGGGGGGCUGAAGUAAGGCGCCUCUUUCAGUCCCCUCAGAUUCCCUCCUCAUCUUCACCAACCCCUCUCACUUCCCCCCUCAGCCCCAUCACAUUUAAAGAAAUAAACCCUGUUUUGACACCUCUGACAUGCAAAAGUAAAUGUAAAGAGGGUGUUUGAGAUAUGUGGCCUCUGUCCCAUUUGGCAUCUUUCUUUUAAUAAAGGAAGGAUAAAGUGAAUUUCCCGGGAGCUGCCUUUAAGACACACACACAAAAGGAAUAAAUAAGACAUUUCAAAAAUAGCUUUU